GCACAGCAGUAUACCGGUGACGGGUGUCUGCGAUCGCAUUGCAGACGAGACGGGAAGAAGGAUGAUGGCGGCGGGACUGACGAAUACUGCCAUCGCCGGCGAUUUCGAGGUGAGGGAGAGGCUCGCGUCGGUUUUGUGGCGGGCGGUGCACCGGAAAAGCGGCCGAGAGGUGGUGGUGAAGCAGGUGAACCUCUCGGGGCUCAGCCGGCAACUGAGGGACUGCCUCGACUGUGAGCUCAACUUCCUGGCCAGCGUCAGGCACCCCAAUAUCAUCCGCCUACUCGAUGUGAUCCAGGAUGAUGGAUGCAUAUUCCUUAUCUUCGAAUUCUGCCCAGGUGGAAAUUUAGCCACUUUCAUUCAACACACUGGCCAUCUCAACGAAGAUACAGUCAGAAAAUUCAUGAGACAGCUAGGAGCUGGUAUGGAGGUGAUGCAUGUUCACCAUAUUAUUCAUAGGGACUUGAAACCUGAGAAUAUACUGCUCUCUGCUCCCAGCUGCGAUGCAGUGCUAAAGAUAGCUGAUUUUGGCUUUGCAAGAGUUGUUCAUCCUGGUCAGCACAUUGACAUGGUUUGCGGAACAUCUUUCUACAUGGCUCCGGAAGUAAUGCAGUUCCAGAAGUAUGAUGAUAAGGUAGAUAUGUGGAGUCUUGGCGCAAUUCUUUUUGAGCUUCUGAAUGGGCAUCCACCAUAUUGUGGCCGAAACAAUGUUCAGCUUCUACAGAAUAUAAGGAAGAGUUCUUCGCUGCCAUUUUCGCAGUCCAUUCUCUCUAGCUUUCAUGCUGACUCCCUUGACCUAUGCACUAGGCUCUUGUGUGAAGAUCCAGUAAAACGCAUGUCCUUCGACGAGUUUUAUCACCACAGAUUCUUGAGAUGAUGGGGAAGUUUGCAAACCUCACUUGAUAACAUGUUUCUGACUUGUAAAAUAAUGUUGUAGAGCCAACAGGUCAUUCCGUCUUUUGGGCUAUUAUGUCAUUCCAGUUAAUGGUUUGAAUCUUUGACUAUCUUUUAGAUCACUCAGACAAGAAUUUGAUACCAGCAGCAAUCCUGAAGACAUUGGUCACUACCCGUCUUGCGACAGGUUGCUGCUGUAUAGCCUGUGACUGGUUUUGCCGCAGAUUGCCUCACCAAUUUCAUCCCCAAAUGCUGUUAUCCACAGUGAAGAGUUUCUACUGAUGCUACUACUGGCUCCUACUGUGCAAUCGAUGGAGUGAAAGGAUGGAUUGAGCAUGCGGAGAGUUCAUUCUUUGUUGAAUGUCUUAUACAAGAUAGGGUGAAACAUGAAUUCUAUCCUCUCCAAAAGAUGAGUUGCCUUCAGUAGUUGCUUUUAUCCUCUGGUAUAACUGGAAUGCUAUGGGUAACACUAACUGUUACACAGGCCUCAAGGCCUGAACGCAUUGUUCUUCACUAGCUGUUUUUGAAGUUUAAAUCGUUGUAAUUCAGCUCUUA